UUGUCAAAUUUCGUGAUUGUUUUCGUGUUCGUCGAGUGUUGAUUUUAAUUUGCAAAAUGAAUAUCUACUUGGAUUCUUGACUAUCGAUUUAAUUCUGUGAUUACUUUUCUACCGAAGUGAUAGUAGCGACCAAAUAUUUAUACUAAACUAUGACAGAUAAAGAAGAUGACACCAAAAAACCUAAUACAGAAUCACUAGACGACGAAGCUCUGGAGAAACUAGCCGUCGAGGAGCUAAUGCGAGAAGCGGUGCAAGGCGCCGCCAGAGCUGAAAUAGUUGGCCCCUCCGGUUGGGUUAAAGCACCGCAACAAAAAACUAAUAAACGGUUUCUUGUCAAUACACUUAGGCAUGCUGUAAACUCGAACAAAUAUCAUAGUUCAAGAAACAGCCGUAAGCGACCCUACAAUAGAUCACCUAAACGUGAUAGAUACCCUGAACCUUCCAUUAAGAGAGACAGGUCAAAAAAUAGGCACUAA